UCGAAAUCCAUACAUAAAGGAACAUACAGGUAGGUAUAUACCUAGCUGUAUCUUCGAAACUAAUGCCGAAGAGUAUCAGCUCUUAUUGAUAUUCUUUGCCACUCUGAUACUUUUUGCCAACGGCCUUACAACAUAACAAAAAUUCAGGAAAGUAACCGAUAGUCAUUUUUCAUACUGUCGUUGUAUACCUAUAUGAGCAUAUGACUAUACACCCCAAUGGUAGUCCACAAAAAAUUAAGUGUUCUAACAUUAUUAUUUUAUUACACAAUUCGUCAUUUCAUGUCUUUUGCAUAUCUUAUGGCACUGUCUGAUACAUCCUCCCAUACUACCGGGUAGGUUGGAGAGAAAUGUGAAAGUGGUAGAGAGUACUAACCGAGAGAAAGGUUUUUAUUUAUUGACAUAUCCUACUGGUGGUACAGUCAUAUCAGACUCCGCGAUCAGUUCUGAGAUUCAAUUACUAACCAUUUAAUUUUGCAUUUAGAGUAUUUCUCCCUUCGUAUAUUUUUUUACAAAUACUUUUUUUUGUGUACUUCGGAGCAGAAAAGAGGAUUAAAUCAAGAUGAGCAAAUUGAUAGUAUACAUCUUGGACAGAAUUGUGUGGUUGCUCCUUUUUACCGUAAUCACUGCGCAGUCACUACAGAUAGUUGGACUUAUGGAUCCUCCUAAGGCUCUGGAACAGAUAACUUAUCCUGAAGAGAAUCAAUACGAUUAUCAAUUGGCUGUCGUGAAUAACGAAGCCAGGGGAAAGAGACAAACGGAUGCUACAGAGCAAAGGUCUCAACUUAUAGACAGCCUUUUCAAUAUACCCAUUUCAACUUUGAACGCUUUAAAUAAUCUUGUACAGCACUCUAGACCAGCUAUAAGGAAACUUAGAGAGUAUGCAGUGCAGAGAUUUACAGGAACAACUACUCCAUCUUCUGCAGCGCAAAAAAAAGUUUUUCCGGUAUUCAAUAAGCAUAAAGGAGAACAAUCGCAGAACACAUCGAAUAGUUGAAUAUUUACCAAUGACUGAUUUAAAUAAGACUAAAUUAUCUUGCCAAAUGUUCAAAUUAACAUAUUGUACCUAUAUUUUUACUUCAUAGUUAUGUAAUAAAUUUUUUUAUUGUCGAAUCGUUUCAGUGAAAUCUGGUUGAUCGUGAUAAAAUCAGAAGGAAGUGGAGAAAAACUAUUUUCAAUGAAAUAUUAAUACAAUAUUUGAGGAAGCUAAAACAAUUAAACUUAUAAUAUUCCUAGUAAAGAAGGCUAGAUUUUCUGAACUUAAGUUUUCAAUUACAUCGUGGCGUCCGAUUUUGUUUAUAAAAUACAUUACUGACUGAAUAUUUAAAAAAAUUAAAUAUAUAAAAAAAUUAUUAAUGGCAUAGCAUAUAGAAACCUCAGAGAGAAUGCUUUUUUCACGUUUGUAAUUUCAGGGUUUUAUCUUCAAAUAUUGCUAUUUAAUUUCCUUGCUGUUUUUUUUCAGAAUAAAAAAAUAUAAAAUGUUUUCGGGAAAACGUAAACAUUUCAA